AGCGGCCCCUCAGGUACGCGGACAAGAUGGCGGCGGUAGCGGGGGAUAGCGCUAUGGAGGUGGUGCCGGCGCUGGCCGAGGAGGCCGCAGCCGAGGCGGCGGGCCCCAGCUGCCUGGUGCAGCUGCCGGGCGAGGUGCUGGAGUACAUCCUCUGCAGCGGCUCCCUCACGGCGCUCGACAUCGGCCGCGUGUCCAGCACCUGCCGUCGCCUGCGCGAGGUGUGCCAGAGCAGCGGCCAGGUGUGGAAGGAGCAGUUCCGGGUGAGGUGGCCCUCUCUGAUGAAGCACUACAGUCCCACCGACUACGUCAAUUGGUUAGAGGAAUAUAAAGUUCGGCAGAAAGCUGGCUUAGAAGCCCGGAAGAUUGUAGCCUCCUUCUCCAAACGGUUCUUUUCAGAGCAUGUUCCUUGUAACGGCUUCAGUGACAUUGAAAACCUCGAGGGGCCAGAGAUCUUUUUUGAGGAUGAGCUGGUGUGCAUCCUAAACAUGGAAGGAAGGAAAGCUUUGACCUGGAAAUACUACGCAAAGAAAAUUCUUUACUACCUGCGGCAGCAGAAAAUUCUGAACAACCUCAAGGCUUUCCUGCAGCAGCCCGAUGAUUAUGAGUCAUAUCUGGAAGGUGCCGUUUACAUCGACCAGUACUGCAACCCUCUCUCCGACAUCAGCCUCAGAGACAUCCAGGCCCAGAUCCACAGCAUCGUGGAACUUGUAUGCAAAACCCUCCGUGGUAUCAACAGCCGCCACCCCAGCCUGACCUUCAGGGCAGGCGAGUCCUCCAUGAUAAUGGAGAUAGAACUCCAGAGCCAAGUUCUGGACGCCAUCAACUAUGUCCUGUAUGACCAGCUGAAGUUCAAAGGGAACCGCAUGGACUACUACAACGCCUUGAACCUGUACAUGCACCAGGUAUUGACCCGCAGAACAGGAAUCCCCAUCAGCAUGUCUCUGCUAUACCUGACCAUCGCCCGGCAGCUGGGUGUCCCGCUGGAGCCUGUCAACUUCCCAAGCCACUUCCUCCUGAGGUGGUGCCAAGGCGCAGAAGGGGCAACCCUGGACAUCUUUGACUACAUCUACAUAGAUGCUUUUGGGAAGGGCAAGCAGCUCACAGUGAAGGAGUGUGAGUACUUGAUUGGCCAGCACGUGACGGCGGCAUUAUAUGGCGUGGUGAACGUGAAGAAAGUGCUGCAGCGGAUGGUGGGCAACCUGUUGAGCCUGGGCAAGAGGGAAGGCAUUGACCAGUCCUACCAGCUCCUCAGAGACUCUUUGGACCUGUACCUGGCAAUGUACCCGGACCAGGUGCAGCUCCUGCUCCUCCAGGCCAGACUCUACUUCCACCUGGGCAUCUGGCCAGAGAAGUCUUUCUGUCUUGUCUUGAAGGUGCUUGAUAUCCUCCAGCACAUCCAGACCCUCGACCCCGGGCAGCACGGGGCGGUGGGCUACCUAGUGCAGCACACACUAGAGCACAUUGAGCGCAAGAAGGAGGAGGUAGGCGUGGAGGUGAAGCUGCGCUCUGAGGAGAAGCACAGAGAUGUCUGCUACUCCAUCGGGCUCGUUAUGAAGCAUAAGAGAUACGGCUACAACUGUGUGAUCUAUGGCUGGGACCCCACCUGCAUGAUGGGGCACGAGUGGAUUCGCAACAUGAACGUGCACAGCCUGCCUCAUGGCCACCAUCAGCCCUUCUACAAUGUUCUGGUGGAGGAUGGCUCCUGCAGAUAUGCAGCCCAAGAGAACCUGGAAUACAACGUGGAGCCUCAGGAAAUCUCACACCCAGACGUGGGACGCUACUUCUCAGAGUUCACAGGCACGCACUACAUCCCAAAUGCAGAGCUGGAGAUCCGGUACCCCGAGGACCUGGAGUUUGUGUACGAGACGGUGCAGAACAUUUACAGUGCAAAGGAGGACACGGCUGAGUAGACUCAGGACAUUGCACCUCUGCUGCUGCUGCUGCCGCCUUCUAGGGGAAGGAUUCCUGAAGGACUAGUGCGGUCCCCUUGGAGUCAGCACAGGACAGCCACUUCACCAGCAGCCUUGGCUGCCUCCCCAGUUUAGAUGGCGUGUGCUCCUCCGGCCACAGAGACAGCGCUGCUCUCCGCUACACUAGUGAAUCAGUUGAAAGGCACCGUGUCCAGUGGCAUGGCUUGUCUGCUUGUCCCGUGGUGACAGUGUGUGACAUUCUGUCCUCAUGAGGUCUCACCGUCCACACUCUGUUCUUUCAUCCCCCCCCACCCUUGUCUCCAUUCACACUGUGGCAGCAUUUCUCCAGCUGGACAGAUGGGGUCCACAUUUCCUGCACUCUCUGGAGCUUGGGCACCCCGAGUCGGUGCCACCUGCCCCUUUGCCUUGGGGUGGUUGUAUUCAGAUGAAGGCAUGGAGAUGGGACUCAGAACGAGUAGAAUUAAUUUUUUGCUAAUACAUGAAACACAUAUUUUAAGUGUUCCUUUUUUCCCCCUUUUAAUUUAAAUUGGGAGAAUGAAUGGCAUCAUCUCCUUUCUACCCCACUGGAGUCUGUGCACAUUUCUGCCCGUCGUGAGCUUCCGUCUUCUUCCAUUGGUUCUCUGAGCAAAUGCACAGCAAUGCCUUUCCCAGUUCUCCACCGUCAUCAGCUGCUGCUUUACUACGACUACUUGUGUAAUCGUGAGCGGAUCUUAAGUCGGUCGGUCAUAGGUCCGUUUCCCUAGUGAGGCCUGCAGGCCAGAUGAAAAUUGCUCUGAAAACUUGUAGCUCCUGGUCCCCAAAGACCAAGAGAAUGGGUAUGUGUUGCGAUCAGGAAAAUGAACUAGAGAAGCCUAACUUGAGGAAAUAGGUUUCACACCCCUGUCACCCCUUAGACUCUUCUGUCACAUUAGACUCUCCAUUUGGAGAGUGUAGGGCUUAUGGGGAGAGGCAUGCAUGCUUUGGGCUUCAAGCUGCGUCUGAAGGCUCCAGGACACUGUCUCCAGGAUAAGGCCUAGCCUCGGGCACCCUGGCUUCUGCCUGGUGCUCUCGGUGAGUGUGAAAGGACUGACCCUUUUGCAGGUCCUAGUGGGGGCCACUGGGUUCUCAACCAAACUGGCCCGUCCAUUGGGCUGAAGGCACUUGUGCCCUGCGUUUAGAAUGCCGUUGCUCUAGUGAGCAGGGCUGUAGGGGCUGCCUGCCUGCCUGCUUCUGCAUGUGUAUUCUACGGCACUCUAGAUGACUGUCCCCUCCUUGGUUGCCCUUCGCCAGUCCCAGAAUGACAGGGGAGACCAUAGGCAGUCUCUAGAAGGACAGGAAACCUGAGACUCUUAACAGCUGGUGAGGCUCUUGUCUAGCGUCUGUUUCUCACCAGUCAGAACUCAGGCGGUUUGAACUCACAUUUGAAGUUGGACCAACCACUCAGCAUCUGCCUGAGGUUGGAGGAUUUUACAACCACUCAUUUCAAGGUGAAAAUCCAUCCACACAGAUCCACACUCUUGUGUCUUGUUAUAAGCAGCCACGGAGCAUGCUGGGAGCUCCCAUUGUUGGGCUUGUGCUUUGAUUUCCGUUUUCCUAGAGAAACAUCAAAGCUGACCUGAUGUAAAUAUGUACCUAGACUGUUUUUAAACGUGUUUCUUCACGAAGGCUUCGUUUGGCUGAGGGAGCCUGUAUCACCCGUGUAAGUUGGUAGUUGGGCACUUUAUAUUUUUCUAAAAAUGUGUUUUGGAUCCUGUACUCUAAUAAAUCAUAAGUUUCUUUUUAAAAAUUUUUCCAAAAGUUUUCUCCAUUUUCAAAAGCCCUGUUAUAAAAAGUAGAACUUUCACAAUGUUAAAAUACUAAAUAUUUGGUGAUAGCAACUUCUCUUCAAAUGAAUGCCAAGGGUUUUUUGUUUUGGUUUGGUUUUGGUUUCUUUUGUACAAUUAAUAAACGAAGUUACCGAGAGAAACCACACCAGUGGCCUGCCCACCUUCAUUCAGCAGCAGCGAGAGAAGAGAAAGCAGGGUCUUCCUCCUGAACAAAGUGGGGGAAAACAGCAGAUCCUAGUUUUCCUUUUAACAUCUGAUAAGUGUCUUACUGAGUGCGGACUUCGGGGCCUUGGGAAUAGAGUAUCUGGUUGUCAGAGGAAGGACGCCUUCUGCCUGUGAGCUGAGAACUGCAAAUGCAAGGACAGAAAACCAGGACCGUGGUGUCUGUUGUCACUGUCGGCAUGGUAGCUGCACUGCACAGCACUCGGGUGUCCUGCUGUGUACACUGGGUGGGACGCCCCUGUACGCUGUAGCCCCAGAGACCAGAUGGGGACAUUUCCCUCAUAGUACCUAGAACUUGCCUUGCACACUCACCCAAGGUCCGGUGUCUACAGACAUACUCAGAAAUAGGCACAGAGAGACUUAGAUGUCCAAGGCUAGACCAUCUCCGUCACCCCGGCUUGCCAUGACCUUGUUUAUAAGCUUGGACUCAGUUAUGUCUGUCACAGCAGCUGCUUAUGCUCUUGUUCGGAAGUGUUUGUGUCUUCCUUGCCCUAGGAAAUGGAACCAGGCCAGCAGCAGGUCCCUCUCCUCUAAAGUCAACUGUUUGCUCUGGUUCCAGCUGGAAAUGGAGGGGAUUGGAUAACCAGAGGCUUCAUUUCAGAACAUCUGUGGCUGUCGUCACCCAGAUGUGAUCCAUGCUGUCUUUGUUUAUCUGACUUUGUUUGGAUGGAAGAAAGGAAUAUGUAUGGAGGCAAAAUCCAGAAUCCACUGGGCUCUUGAUGGGAGGAUUCCCAUUGUUCUCACGGGUGCACUGGCUAAACAGUUCCGUGACCUCAUGGCUGGAAAGCCUAAUCACCAAAACGCCUUGGCUGCACUGGGCGGCAUCCCUUGCUUGUCUUUUGAUUUGAAAGGAAUGAGGGUCGCUGUCCCUCAAGGCUGCUUAGAGGCAGGCCGCUGCUGAAUUAGGCCCUUGCUGGGAUAGGAUCCUGCUGUGUAAACCUAGGCCAGGCUGUUUGUGCAGGUGAGUGGAUGGGAGAACCACCCCUGAGCCCAGCCCUUCACAGUCAUGCUACGGACACAACUACCUCACUGCACUGCUUCCCAACCUGUUGUAAGCAUCCCGAAGCCUGGGAGUUGAAGAACAUUCCCUUCUGUGGAUAAAUACUCUGUGCAAUUACACCAUCAACGUGCGGCAGCCAAGUAGUGAUGAUUGUAUCGGGUUAACACUGCUUCUGAAU